CCAGCACUCUAGAGAUUCAGAGGCCAGGAUUCUGGGUCCAAUCCUCUGAGGGGACACGGGGUUGCGCAGCUCUCCUCAGACCUAGGGGGGAGUUUUGGAGCGUUUGGCCAACGACAGUGGUUCCUGGAAAAGAUCUGAAUCGUUCCGUAACCAAAGCCAGCUGCGGUCUGGUGUGGGCUGAAGCGCAGGGCUGCGUAUUUUCAUCUGAAUGAGGUAAAGGAGGAAGGGGUUUCUGCGCUUCUUUCUUCCAGCGGAGAACCAGGAAGGGAGGGAGCAAAAAAAAAAGUUUUUUUUCCUCCUCUUUAUGUUUUUAAGGCAUGAACACUGAAACCUGCGUUUCACAUAGCAACAUGACAUCCAUGGAUUCAUAUUAUAGCCAAAGCAGGAAUCGCCAGACGGACCACUUUAGGACAUUCCCAACCAGUGACACCAAAUACAGCCCCACCGCCUUCCUGUCAAACAAAGGUCAGGCUUACGGGGAGAAAUCCUCGAGCCCCUUCCAGCAGGAGUGCCAGUCAUUGGAUGCCGCUGCAGCUGGGCAAGGCAGUUUCAGCAAAUACCAGAUCUUUGUGCAGAGGUCUUCUUGCAAAACUCCCCCUGAGGAGGACAAACUGCUCCAAGAGGGAGGACGCGACGGAGCGCUCAUCUCCUGCUAUGGUAAAGACAGUUCAGGUCUGACCGACUCUGAUUUGGCCCCGGACUCAGAUCCACCUGGAAUGGACACCAGAUACCUGAGUGUGAAGGAUCAAGGAGGGAAGGCGGCCUCUGAUAGGUCGCCAGGCAACGACUUAGGUAGCUCACUGGACAAAGCGGAUGGUGCCGAAACCAACAAAGGCAAGAAGAGACGAAAUCGCACCACCUUCACCAGCUACCAGCUGGAAGAGCUGGAGAAAGUUUUCCAAAAGACGCACUAUCCUGACGUUUACGCCCGGGAGCAGCUCGCGCUGAGGACUGACCUGACAGAAGCCCGCGUGCAGGUUUGGUUCCAGAACCGAAGAGCAAAAUGGAGAAAGCGAGAGCGCUUUGGCCAGAUGCAGCAGGUCCGAACGCAUUUUUCCACCGCUUACGAGCUGCCGCUUCUAACGCGCCAUGAGAAUUACGCACAGGUACAGACCUCUGUGGCAUGCAUGUUAGAAUCUCGAACUUUACAGCUGGCAUCACCACAUGUGCUGCUGGGUGCUAAUGCUAAACUAACAAACUGCAUUUCCCAAUUGCAAAACACACACAGGGCACUUGUAUGUCAACAGAAACAAAAUGUUCAGUUGGCUCACAGUGCUCAAGUAACAUUUUCCCAACACAAUGUUUUCACUCUUUUGUUUUUUUUUUUUGUUUGUUUUUUUUUUUACAAUUAUCUGUGUCACAACCUUUCACCUUUGGUCAAAAGCCUUUUUCGUCCACGUUUGGAUGUUUGGCUGCAACGUUCGGCUGGGCUCCUUUGUUUACCCGGCUGACUCCUGAAUAACUCCACGCACAUCUGUGACCAUGGCUCGUCAUUCUCAGACGUAGGACCUUUCCCACCUGCAAAAUGUAUGGAACAAAUAUAGUCGCGUAAUUGUGUGACUUUGGAAAAGGGAUAAAAGAAAAACGCCCCAUCCAACUUUGAUCAGGGUAUCUAACCGGGUAUAUUUUCACGUGUCUGAGCAGAACCUCCCUGAACCAUCUACAGGUGGUUCAGAAUGCCUGUGCUCGGCUUCUGACCAAGUCCUUCAAACACACCCACAUCACCCCGCUUCUCCUCCAGCUUCACUGGCUGCCGGUCAACUUCAGGGUUCAUUUCAAGAUCCUGGUUCUGGUCUAUAGGGCCUUACAUGGACAAGCACCAACUUACAUUGGUGAUCUUCUUAGUCCCUACACCCCCAGCAGGUCCCUGAGGUCCAGUGAUCAAAGCCUACUGGUUGUGCAGCACCAGGCUAAAGACCAAAGGUGACAGAUCAUCUGCUGCUGUGGCCCCCAGAUUCUGGACCUCUCUCCCCCUGAGCCUGAGAUCAGUGGACUCAGUGGUCUCCUUUAAAAAGCAGCUGAAGACUCACUUGUUCAAGCUGGCUUUUGUAUGACCUUCUUCACCACUCUCUCUUUGUUCUGCUCUCCCCACCUAUUCCACCUUCCUCCGGAUCCACUGAUUUCCCUCUUUCCUGUUCACUCUCUCUCUUUCUUAACAUAUUUUAAUCACAUUUGCCUAUUUUUUGCUCAUUUUAAAUACAUUUUAAAUAUUUUCUAAAUUCUUUUUUAUACUUUUACAUUUUUUGCUUUUGUGAAGCACCUCAUGAUUUUUAUCUUGAGAGGCGCUAUAGAAAUGAUCUUCUUCUUCUAACGUCCGAUUUGCACAACCCCCAGCAGCGGUGACUAGUUCCUUCCCAUUUCAACAUCUUUAGGAGACAAAACUACAAAUUUGUCAUCACCGUGUAAGGCACUAUUGGUGGAAGAGAAAUAAAAUACUAUUAAAAUGCAGUGGUGCCCUCAGAAAAUGGUCAUUGGAGAACAAGUGAAAAUUUUUGGGUGGAACACCAAAUUGGUCCCUGUGGUAACUCUGGGAGCAUUUAGCCCAGGGGUUGGUAAUCCUGGUCCUUGAGUGCCGCUAUCCAGCACAUUUCAGU